GCGCGUGAUCAGCACACUGGACGGAUAUGACAGGUUUGGAGAGGAUCGCGUGCAGGAGGAGGAGGAGUGUCUCGUGCGCUCCUGGCGCGCGCUGCUGCUCGCUUGUUUAUAGUGAAGGAGGUGCGGACAGCACGCGCGAGCAUCUUCACAAGACUCACAUCACUGACAUUACACCAGAAAAGUGGAAUAAAAGCGUCAAGAACGAGGGGAAAUAACACUCGCAGAAAUUCCUACAAGCUUGGAACAACUUGAGGCGCUACGGAGGUGAUGUGACAUUGAAGACAGCCUGUACUCUCAGACAACAGAAAGCUGGAGAUGAGGAUCGUGGGAUUGUGGAGGGCUGGGCGAUACAGUCCCCUGCUGGUCUUUCUGCUCCACUCGCUAUUGCCUCUUAUACGGUCCAGUAAUGCUGGAAACCAGAAUAUACCACGACUACAGCUCACUCAUACAGAACUGAGGUCGAGGAACAGCUCUGCGGUGUUCUGGGACGGUGGCGAGGCGGGAGCGUACCAGGCCUUACUGCUGGAUGAGGACCGCGGAUGGCUGCUGGUCGGAGGCCGAGACCACAUCUACAUGCUGAACUCUGACAGCCUCACCCAACCGACACGCAAGAUUCACUGGCCAGCUGGACAGGAACACAUCGAACGCUGCAAAUAUGCAGGAAAGAAUCUAUCGAUGGAUUGUGCCAAUUACGUGAGACUCCUACAACACUUCAAUAAAACUCAUGUCUAUGUAUGUGGAACCGGCGCGUUCCACCCACAAUGCACCUACAUUGACCUAGGACACAAUCUUGAGAAACCAACUUUCCGGCUUCUCAGCCAUGUUGGAGAAUCCGGGAGAGGAAAAUGUCCCUUCAGUCCGCAUGAGACAUUUACCGCCCAUCUGACAGAUGGGGACCUGUACGCUGGGACGUCCGUAGACUUCAUGGGAACAAAUGCCGCCAUUUUUCGCACAUCUGUGCAUAGCAGCAAUCAACACUAUAUCCGCACUGAAGCUUACCAGGACCACUGGCUUAAUGAGCCAGAAUUUGUGGGAUCAUAUUCCAUCCCUGACACUCACAGCUUGGACGAUGAAAAAGUCUACUUCUUCUUUAAAGAGACCUCCGUAGAGUCCAACCAGCUCGACAAGCGUGUCUACAGUCGGGUGGCCCGUGUCUGCAAGAAUGACAUAGGAGGAAAACGAAGCUUGAUUAAUCGCUGGAGCACCUUCCUGAAGGCCAGGCUGGUGUGCUCAGUGCCAGGACCUGGAGGCAUGGACACACAAUUUGACGAGCUGGAGGACAUCUUUCUUUUGGAGACCAAAGAUCCACAGAAUCCAGUCAUCUAUGGUGUCUUCUCCACUUCCAGCUCCGUCUUCAGAGGUUCAGCCGUUUGCGUCUAUUCCAUGGCCUCCAUCCGAGCUGCCUUCAAUGGGCCCUUUGCGCACAAGGAGGGGCCCGAUUAUCGCUGGAUGGAGUACAAGGGGAGGAUCCCUUAUCCACGGCCAGGGACGUGUCCGAGCGAGACCUACGACCCAUUGCACAAGUCCACCCGUGAUUUCCCAGACGAUGUUGUGAGCUUCAUGAGGGCCCAUCAGCUGAUGUGGGAGCCAGUGGUCCCCAUCCACAAGCAUCCCGUCUUCACUCGGAUCAACGCACCCUACAAGCUAAAGAAGCUUGUGGUUGACAGGGUUGAUGCAGAGGAUGGCCAAUAUGAUGUCUUACACCUUGGCACAGAUGAUGGCAAAGUAAUAAAGGUGGUCUCUGUACCUAAAGAGAACUGGGAAACUGAAGAAAUCAUUCUAGAGGAGUUGAAUGUCUUCAAGACUCCGACCCCAAUACUGAGCAUGGAGCUCUCCACCAAGAGGCAAGUGCUGUUUGUAAGCAGUGAUGAGGGUAUCGUCCAGCUUCCGGUGCAGAGAUGUGAUCUCUAUGGUAAAGCGUGUGUAGACUGCUGUUUAGCUCGAGACCCAUACUGCGCUUGGGACGGCUCCUCCUGUACUAACUACUUCCCCAGCAACAAAAGGCGCGCCCGGAGACAGGAUGUGAGGUAUGGAGACCCCUGGAGCCAGUGUCAGGACAUGAGAGACGGUUUAGAGCAGCCUGAACUGAAGACGAUAUACGGCGUGGAGACGAACUCAACCUUCCUGGAAUGUGUCCCACGUUCACCACAAGCCACAAUCAAGUGGAUAAUUCACCCAAACAACAACCAGAACAGCAAAGAGUUGUUUCCAGGUGAAGAAAACCUCAUCCACAUGCAACGUGGGCUUCUCAUCCAGCAGCUAACAUCGGCUAACGCUGGGCUGUACCUCUGCGUAGCCUACGAACACUCGUUCUCCCGCACGCUAGCCCGGUACGAGCUACACGUCAUCCCCCAGAACAACAUGUCGAGAGCGCAGAACACCCAAGCCGGAAAUUACGCAGCCUCGCCGCGAAGCUUAAAGGAACUACAUUUAAUGGGAGUUAGCGGGCUAACGGCUGACGAGUACUGUGAACAUCUUUGGUAUCGUGAAAAACGGCGACAGCAAAAACUUCGCACGCUAAAGUGGAAGCAGGUGUCUGAAAACCGUAAAGCAAGAGUUAGGCGACAAAAUCCACCCUACGAGCCUCUAGAUGGAGGUGAAAUUGCAGACUUUUGAUGAAAAGGAAAGUGUGACUUUAUCUGGACAAUUAGCAUCUUGUUUGUAGCUUAAUGGCUACAAAGGCUACUUCCAACUAGCGGCAACCACCAAUCGCUACUAGCACAACAACAAAGGGCUACAGACAUUGAGAACUUUUAUUAUUUUUCAUUAAGUCCUCUCUUAAGUUUAAUUUUUGUAGCCUGUGCUAGUGUUAGCAUGUAGCUUUAACACAGUAUAACCAAACAGCCUGUAGCUGUGCAACUACGAAUUUGUGCAAUCUGGCAUCCAGCUAAACACAUUUUGCAUUCAUUUUCUGUAAUAUUUUCAUUGUAUUUCUGUUGUUUGUCAACCUUCUUGAAAGACAAGCAUCUAUGCUAAAUGCUAUGUAUGGUUGGAAAGCUAAUACUGAAAAUGGACAAUCUAACACGCUGCCCAAAGCUAACAGCAGUGGAAAGAUGAACUGACUUCUCUUGCUUUCACCUGGCAUGUAGAUUAAACAGAUCUGUAUAUCAUUGUAUUGAUAUUAUAUUUGGACUAUUGAUAGUCAAAUGUACAAAUUUGUAGUUUGUUCUGACAACAGCAGGUGCCUCCAUGUUCAGAGGAAGUUUGCCCAGGAUGUACCCUUCAUGUUUCCUUCCUUUUCAAGAACAAUCUCUUCUGCUCUUUCCUGAGAACAUCCAUGAGUAAAUAUUGUGUUUGUUUAAUGACUUCUAUGCAUGUAAUUUUGUAAAGAAAAGCAAAGCUCUCCACAACAGCUCA